CCUACUGUUGCCCUGGGCUCCCUGCCCGAUUCCUGAUCCUGUUUGCCAGAAAACUACUACAAGCAAACUUUGUAGACACGCAGCGUCCUCAGCUCCUACCCAGGCGCACUGGAUCAGAAUCUCUGGAGUAGGGCCAGGAAUCUGCAUGUGUAACAGGCUUCCUAGACUCUGGCGUCGCUGCCUUGCUUGAAUGGUUCCAGCAGAAGCUUGACCUGUUCCAGGACAAGAGUCUGUAAACAUACCUGAGCUCCUGAUCAAAGACUAUAAAUUGAAAGGCCAGCCCUGGGGACAAUAGAGGAAGUCUUGAGUGAGUGGAAGGAACACAGCCGCUAGAACCCUCCCGCAAAGGACUAGACAGCAUGGCCAUCAGGCCGGUGCCAUGGCUGGGCCCUCUGCUCCUGGUUUCCCUCUGGGCAUCCUCAGCUCCAGCUUCCCUCCUUCGGCGCCUUGGUGAGCACAUCCUGAGGUUUCAGGAGAGCUCAGCCCUGGGCCUGGGGCUGGGCCCAGAUUCUGUGACCCUCCCAAAGGAGGGGUGGUUGGAGCAGCCACUGGACCCUUUCAAUGCCUCUGACAGACGCUCCUUCCUGCAGCGGUACUGGGUAAAUGACCAACAUUGGACCAGCCAGAACGGACCUGUAUUCCUGCAUCUGGGGGGUGAAGGCAGCCUUGGACCUGGCUCAGUGAUGAGAGGGCACCCUGCAAAUCUGGCCCCAAUCUGGGGGGCCCUGGUGAUAAGUCUGGAACAUCGAUUUUAUGGCCUGAGUAUACCUGCUGAGGGGCUGGACAUGGCCCAGCUCCGCUUCUUGUCCAGCCGCCAUGCGCUGGCGGAUGUGGCCUCUGCCCGCCUCACACUCUCCCGCCUCUUCAACGUCUCCUCCACCAGCCCCUGGAUCUGCUUCGGAGGCUCCUAUGCUGGCUCCCUGGCUGCCUGGGCCCGGCUGAAGUUUCCCCAUCUUUUUUUUGCCUCCAUCGCCUCUUCCGCUCCGGUGCGGGCCAUACUGGAUUUCUCCAAGUAUAAUGACGUGGUGUCUAGAAGCCUAAUGAACACUGCGAUUGGCGGAUCCCUGGAGUGCAGGGCGGCGGCGUCCGCAGCCUUUGCGGAGGUGGAGCGGCGGCUGCGCGCGAGCGGGGCGGCUCGGGCAGCGCUGCGCGCGGACCUGGGAGUGUGCGGGUCCCUGGAGCGCGCUGAGGACCAGGCAGAGCUUUUGGGGGCGCUGCAGGCACUCGUGGGAGGUGCGGUGCAGUACGAUGGGCAAGCUGGAGCGCCGCUGAGUGUGCGACCGCUCUGCAGACUCCUCGUUGGGGAUCGGGGCAACUGCAGCGGCUCUGCACCCUACCGCGGGCUUCGUCGGGCAGUGCAGGUUGUCACACAGAGCCUGGGUCAGAAGUGUUUAAGCAUUUCUCGAGCAGAGACAGUGGCACAGCUGCGGGUCACAGAGCUCCAAGUGUCCAGUGUGGGUGACCGGCAGUGGUUGUACCAAACUUGUACUGAGUUCGGCUACUAUGUCACCUGUGAGGUCCCUGGGUGCCCUUUCUCCCAACUCCCAGCUCUGCCUUCCCAGCUUGAGCUUUGUGAACAGGUGUUUGGGCUUUCAACCUCAUCUGUAGCCCAGGCUGUGACCCAGACGAACUCCUAUUAUGGUGGCCAGACCCCAGGGGCCACCCAAGUGCUGUUUGUUAAUGGGGAUGCAGACCCCUGGCAUGUGCUGAGUGUAACACAGCCUUUGGGACCCUCUGAGCCAGUCGUUCUCAUACCGAGUGCCUCUCAUUGCUUGGACAUGGCACCUGAGAGACCCUCAGACUCACCUAGCCUCCGCCUUGCACGACAGAAAAUCUCCCAGCAGCUGCAGACCUGGCUUGGGCUGGCAAAGAAGAGCCAGGAUAGGGGUGCUGUCUGAACCCUACACCCUCACCAACUCCAGUAGGGCCACUUCAGUCCAGGAUGAGAAGCCAGCUUGUUCUGAAAGAGGAACUUCCCAGGAAUUCACAUUUAGCACCUGUCCUGCAUAAAACCAUCCUGUGUCUGCAAACAUCCUACUCCAGAUUAAAAGUGCUUUGUUACAAAGAGUUAUAUAAAUAGUGAUUACUC